GUGCCAUCCUCAGGGUAAAAAGUGUAUUCUUGCUCUUUUAUUUCUGGUGAGAUUUGAUUGUUUAAAAGAAACUGACAUAGGAGUGGUGGGCACCCUGCACCAUUCUUGCCACACUAGUAAAUGCAGUCAUGACUUCCCAACAGUCCCCUUUCUUUAUGAAAAGGAUUUGUUCUGUAUCAUUUGGAUUCAGUCAAAAGGCCACACUCCAGGAUCCCAGGCCCCAAGGCCAGGGUCCCCACCCAAAAGACCUCACUCCACCAUUGGGUGGAGAAUGGACCCGGGCUGUGGGAAUGCCUUCGGGAGGUGCCUGGGGCUGAUGCCUCUCCUUGGUGCUGGUCUGCAGUCGAAGGGGGACUGAUACAGAAGACCCGGCCUCUCCCCUCAAGUUGGAGCAGCUCUGUAGUGCCACGAAUGCGCCAGAGGACCCAGGGCACCAGACGGAGAUGACUUUCUUCCAAUGCCCUUUCCUGAUUUCUUCACUCUUCAUAUUAAGACGUUCCUGCUGAACACACUGGAUGAUUGAGAUUCUCUGUCUGAUCUACUACAAGGGGGAACCUAGCUGGGUCCAAAGUGUCCCAAAUUAUAUCAGGUCCCCAUGGAUAGAGAAUAAUCAUUUUCAGGAAUACAUAAAGAAACAGGAUGGGUCGCGCCUCAUGACGUCACAUCUCCCUGUACACUUAUUCCCCAAGUCCUACUUUACCUCCAAUGCCAAGAUCAUUUAUAUCAUAAGGAAUCCAAGAGAUGUUGUUACCUCUUGGUAUCAUUUGGUAAAAGGAGAAUUGAGAUGGAAGCAACCAAAACGUUUUGAUGAAAUCUUGGAUGACUUUGUGCAAGGCGAACUUGCUUACGGAUCUUGGUUCGAUCAUGUUCUUGGAUGGAUAAAGAGGAGAGAAAUGGGGUCCUUCCUACUGAUUUUCUAUGAGGAGCUGCAAAAGGACGUCAGGGGCAGUGUGGAGAAGAUUUGUCAAUUUCUUGGUAAAAAAUUGAAACCACAUGAAAUCGAUUCAGUCUUGCAAAACAGUUCCUUCUCAGCCAUGAAAGAGAACAAGAUGUCCAACUAUUCCACACCAGACAACCACAUAACUCGUGUCUUCACUUCACCGAUGUUGAGAAAGGGAAUUUCUGGGGACUGGAAAAACCACUUCACUGUGGCCCAGAGUGAAGCCUUUGACAAGUUAUUUCAGGAGAAGAUGUCAGGCUUGGAUGCAGCACUCUUCCCCUGGUCCUGAGACUAAAACGUCUGAUGGUUUUCAAGUGUUAUCUAUGCCUGUUAUUUUUUCUCUCUGCAUUUCUGCCUGAUGGGUCACAUCGAAAACAGAGAGCAAAAUGUCACCUGCUUUCAGUGGUCUCAUCUCACCUAACGUAGAGUCCAAGAUAGCUCUGUCUAUACCUAUUCACUAAACCUAAAUGGCAAGCAAUGUAUAUCUGAUCUGAAAAAUAAAAAUAUUACUUGGAGUGAA